UCUGAAGACAAGUGUUCUGUGGACAAGACAAAAAUUUAAGGUUAUGAACUACAUGUUGCAAUUUUUUGUUUUCGUAUUUUUGUAAUUUGUAAGCAUAAUGUCAGACGAGGAAGUUAUCAAAAGAAGGUUAAUAUUUGAUGGGGAUGGAACAGGAGAUGAUAGGCGUUUCAAUUUGAUGCUAAAAAUGAUAACAAAAUUUAUAAACGCUGGAGAAGAAACUCCUGAAGACGCCCAACAACGUUAUGAUAAAAUAUUGGCACAACUUAGCAUGAUUGAACACGCGAGAAGACGUUCUGAAUUAGUCACAAAAUCCAAUGAUGAACAGUUACUAAAAUAUCAGAAGCUAUAUGGCGACUAUGAAGACAAAAUUCAUGAUAUUAAAAAGGAAAUUGCAAAACAGAGAAUUGAGUUAGAAAAGGCUAAAACUAUAAAACAAAACAGGAUAGAGUAUGAUCUGUUAGCAAAACAAAUAUCUGGAGAACCUGCCAGAACAGAAAUGAAUAGAAAAUUGAUCUCAUUGCAAAAGCAACUGAAAGACUUAGGAGAUGAAAAGAGGCGUUUGGUUCAGAAAUUGGCUAAAAGAAAAAAACAAUUCCACGUUUUAUCCACUUCUGCUAACCAGUUACAGGUUUAUCUGGAUGAAGAUGACCAAACAAUAGAUAUUAAUUCUUCUUUAGAUGAUGUAAAUACCAAUAGUCCUGAACCAAUGUCUGAAUAGAUAAAUUUAGUAUUAGUUGAGUAUUAUAUUUGGUGGCAAAUACUUAUUAGUUAGUCUAAAGUACAUAAUUACAAAUAAUGCAUUUUAUAUUAAAAUGAAAUAAUUAUUAUACAUUUUCUAAAUUACAUAUUUUGUCUUUAUUCGAUUUUUAUAAACCAUUGAAGGGUCAAAGAAAUUUUUCAUUAAUAUUAUUUCAAAAUAGUUGAUAAGGUUAAAAUUAGUGCUUAUUUGU